AUGCAACGCGAAAUCAUAAUUGUCGAAACAGGAUUGCAAAUGUCAAUAUGUCAGGAUCUCGGCCUUAAUUUCCAACAGAGAAUGGGCGCAAAUAUAUCACAACUAGAGAGAGAUAUUGGGUCAGAGCAGUUUCCACCGAAUGAGCAUUAUUUUGGUUUAGUUAAUUUUGGCAAUACCUGCUACAGCAAUUCUGUCCUACAAGCUUUAUACUUCUGUAGACCAUUUAGAGAGAAAGUUCUAGAAUAUAAGGCUAAGAAUAAGAGAACCAAGGAGACACUACUUACAUGCCUUGCAGAUUUAUUUUACAGUAUAGCUACACAAAAGAAAAAAGUUGGAUCUAUUGCACCUAAGAAGUUUAUUGCAAGACUGAGAAAGGAAAAAGAGGAGUUUGAUAAUUAUAUGCAACAAGAUGCCCAUGAAUUCCUUAAUUUUCUUAUUAACCAUAUUAAUGAAAUUAUAUUAGCUGAAAGGAAUCAAAGCACGCUCAAACUACAGAAAACAGAUAACAAAGAAGGUGUGACAUGCAACGGUAGCAUACCACAGAACACCGAGCCUACAUGGGUGCAUGAGAUUUUCCAGGGCACACUCACUAGUGAAACUAGGUGUUUGAACUGUGAAACUGUUAGUAGUAAAGAUGAACAUUUCUUUGAUUUACAGGUGGACGUAGACCAAAACACAAGUAUAACACACUGUCUAAAAUGCUUCAGUGACACAGAAACUCUAUGCAAUGACAACAAAUUCAAAUGUGACAACUGCAGUAGCUACCAAGAGGCUCAGAAACGUAUGCGAGUCAAAAAAUUACCGCUUAUAUUGGCUUUGCAUCUGAAAAGAUUUAAAUACAUGGAGCAAUACAACCGACAUAUCAAAGUAUCGCAUAGAGUGGUGUUUCCUUUGGAGCUGAGGUUGUUUAAUACGUCCGACGACGCGGUGAAUCCAGAUCGUCUAUACGACCUCGUGGCGGUGGUGGUACACUGCGGCUCCGGGCCCAACCGAGGGCACUACAUCAGCAUUGUGAAGAGCCACGGCUUCUGGCUGCUCUUUGACGAUGAUAUGGUCGAUAAAAUUGAUGCCUCAGCAAUCGAAGACUUCUAUGGCCUAACCUCCGAUAUACAAAAAUCAUCAGAAACAGGAUAUAUACUAUUUUAUCAGUCUAGAGACGCUAGUUGU